AUGGACCAAUACGAAGAUACCUCCCCUGACCCUCCGACGGAACAGGAAAUGAACGGGCCGGAGACAAUCGCAGAGGGGAAACAAAACGCCAAAGCCGUUCUCGCGGCUUCAGGGGUGCCUGUUUCGGAAUCAAGUCACGACGCGUCCACACCGAACUCCCAGUCGAAUGGCGCCAACGGCUCAGCGAAGAAACGUUCCCGCGAUAGUUCCGCUCUACCUGUGCGCGUUCGAGAGACCCCGCUAGAUAAGGUCCGGCUCGAGAACUAUGUCAAUCGGGAGUUUGAACAUUCAGCAGCGGCGGCUUGGCAUAAUCCGACUCGGGAAUUGCUUCAGCAGAAACGUGCAGAAAGAGAUUAUUAUCUUGCCGUCCGACGCGAGACCCAGAUGAACCCGGGGGCUGUAUAUGGUGUUGGCUAUGAAGGAUUUGGGAAUGUUCGCACGGAUUCGCGACAUCCGCAAUUAUUAUAUCCGGGCAACCGUCGUCGACCAGGGAAUAGGAAGACGAGAGAACUGCGCAUCCCGCGCAAAGACAUGAAGAUCCAAAAUGAGCAAACCGAAGAUCUGGUACCAAUUCGCCUUGAUAUCGAGUGGGAAAAGCUUCGAAUCCGUGACACCUUUACCUGGAACCUUCACGACCGUGUCGUCUCGCCUGAUUUAUUUGCGGAGAAGAUGGUAGAGGAUCUGGGUGUGCCAAUGGAGACCUGUCUGCCUUUGGUGCGGAUGGUUUCGCAGAACAUCCAGGAACAGCUCUCCGAUUACUACCCUCAAUUAUACAUCCAGGAAGACCCCAUCGACCCGCACCUACCGUACAGUGCCUACAAGAAUGACGAAAUGCGCAUCUUAAUCAAGCUCAACAUCACCAUUGGCCAGCAUACUCUCAUCGAUCAGUUCGAAUGGGACAUGAAUGACCCACUCAACUCCCCCGAGGAGUUCGCAGCACACAUGACCAAAGACCUAUCUCUAUCUGGCGAAUUCGCGACGGCGAUUGCCCACUCCAUCCGCGAACAGUCGCAGCUCUUCACCAAGUCCUUGUAUAUUGUCUCCCAUCCGUUCGACGGCCGCCCCAUCGAAGACCCCGAUCUCAAAUCCUCAUUCCUCCCUACUCCCGUCCACUCUCCAUUCCGUCCUUUCCAGGCUGCCAAGGAAUUCACACCGUACUUGUACGAGCUCAAUGAAGCAGAACUGGAGCGCACAGAAGUGUCGAUAUCUCGCGAGCAACGCCGACAGAAGCGGUCGGUCAACCGUCGUGGUGGUCCAGCUCUACCGGAUCUGAAGGAUCGUCAACGAACUAUUCGGACUCUGGUUGUAUCAUCGGUCAUUCCCAAUAGCGCACCAUCCCUCGAAGACAGCAAUCUCUUCAAACGGUCAGGCUCAGCCCGCCAUAGGCGCGCCAUGGGUCAGCGAGAUCUUGGCGAUGAAUCUGAAGAAUCGGAUAGUGAUGACUCGUCGAUUGGGUCUCCCGCGAUUGGUCCUAAUCUGGCACAAGGUACUGCGCGCACAAGAGGCAUGAGAGGUGCCGCAACCGCAGCUCAUGCUGCUCUGCGCGCCAACCUCAACCCCUCCGCUACACCAGAGCCCCAUUACGAGCCUAGGGCUUCAGCACGGAGACAAAACUACAGGGAGGAAAGUGUCGAGGAGCAGGAUUCGCUCAUCGUGAAACUCCGGGUCCCUCCAUCGAAGUUCCGGCAAUUCCUCAUCCGUGGACCUCAGUCUCUGCCAUCAAACGUACCCACAUCGACACCGGGCCACCUACGCUCGCAACAUGGCACGCCUCAGGUCCAGACCCCUACACCCAGCUCCACAGCCCUCCCAUCUCAACAACCACCGCGUAGUGCCUCGGGAUCGCAAACACCAGCUCCUCCACAACAACUCGGAGCAAUUGACGCGAUUCACCCUCCUCAACCAGGCGUUCCUGGGCCUCCACCACCUACCUGGCUCGCCACAGGCCUCGCACAGCUCCAACGCUCAUACCCUAAUGACUCUUUCGAGGGCAUAAUGCGCUACACCGCCGUCGACACCGAAACCAUGCACCCCGUUGCCAACUCUGCAAACACACCCGCUCACAGAUUGAAGUAUCAAUAUCUUCCCCGUAUCCGAUGCCACGACUGCCCGGGUAAACUGUACACACCCGGUCCGGGGAUGACAGUUGACAACUUCGAAGUCCACCUCCGGAACCGGCAACAUAAGGAACGGGUGGAAGAAAGACUUGCAAAGGGUGGUGCACCUGUGCCUGCACCUGCUGCGUCAUAA